AUGGAGCAGAGCGAUGGGCCGAAGCGGCCGAAGCUCGUUGAUGCUGCCGACGGCGACGAGGACCGCCUCAGCGUGCUGCCCGACGACAUUCUCAUUGACAUCCUCGCCAAGCUCCACCGCACCACCAUGGACGCUCGGACCAGCGUCCUCUCCCGCCGCUGGCGGGGCCUCUGGAAGCUCCUCCCGGUGCUCAACUUCCCACUCGGCACCGAGCCGCCCCUCGGCAUAGAACCGAAGCACAUAGUCUCCGCCCUCACAUCCCACGAAGCGCCGGUCAUCCGCCACCUCAUCGUUAGCCUCCGGGAGGCCGCUGCGGAGUCGGUGGCGAUGUGGCUCCCCAUCAUCGCGCCCCGCCUCUUCGGCGAACUAUCCAUCUUCAAUCUCAGGUGGGACCGGGACAGGGAAAUAGGCACCGUUGAGCUGCCUUGCUUCCAGAGUGCCGACCGGAUCUGCCUCAACCUAGACGAUCAUGGCCUCGCCCUGCCGCCCUCCGGCGUGUUUGCCCGGCUCACCUAUCUCCGUAUGAUAUCCAUUAGGAUGCGUGGUCCCUGCAGACUCGGUGACAUUGUCUCCUCGCCACGGUGCCCAUUGCUGCAAAAGCUCUUCCUACGUGACUCCUAUGUCCAGGAUGACGUUGUUGUAAUCCACUCAGAGUCUCUCUUAGAAAUAGGGAUAGAUAAUGUGUUACUACACCACGACGCCUUGGGUCUGCGCAUCCUCGCCAUUUGCUCAGAGUCUGUCCUCCAAAUAGAUCUGAAGAAUUUAGCCUUGCGGCAGCUCCUUGUCGUGGCGCCCGCACUCAUUUCGUUGAAAGAGAAAGGCACCCACUACAUUGCUGAUGCUGUGGAUCUGAGUCAACCAGUUGUCAACAUCUCAGCCCCUCAGCUCAUGUUGCUUGAAUGGAAUGCUAGUUAUGAUCGAAGUUCCGUUCAGUUUGGCAAGAUGGCACAUCUCCAAUGGCUGCACGCUGGUCAAUUUCUUGUAUAUGGAUCAGAUGAGGAUUUUGCACACAAUCAUAUCAGGCUUUUGUAG